AUAAUCAUGAAAUGAAACACCUUAGGAAAACUUGUUAACAGCGUCAAAGCUGUAAGUUAUUCAACAGAACGAUAGCACUUAAAUUGUAACAGCAUUAUCAUGUAAAACAAUUAUAAACACACGGUAUUUUUCACACCUUUAUUCGCAUCAAACAAUACGUUAUCGCACUGGUUUUGUCAAAUGUCUCAGAAUGGAUUAACCAUUAAUCUUGUAUAAUAGAGUAAUAAUUCAAACAAUGCGAGGGGCUUCGCAUAACUUGAAUUUUAUGAAAACAUUUAAAAAAGAAGAAAUUGACACUUGGGGGAAAAGGGAGCAAAGACCCACCCGGGUUAUAUUAGAUUCUGCGUUAAAAUGGAGCACGUUAUAUUGAAUGUACAGUGUGCUUACAAAGAAAUGGGAGAUGCUGCGACAGAACGGAAGCCCUUGUUAUCGAAGUCGUCUGUAGGAGCAACCGGGCCACCCCAUGCUAGAUAUACUAGUGAGCUUGCAAGUGAAUACCAUCAAGUGAAAGAGAAACUUAUAACGAACAGAAAUAGACACAACUCAAUAUCAAGCAAUAUCUCAUCAAACGAAUCAAGUCCGCUGUUGUGCGGUGCCGACAAAGACAGUGACGUUGGUUACAAACAUUACAUUACAUACGGCGGUAUAUGUUCAGGCGUAUCCGGAGUUUGGGGUUGCGAUUCCCAAGUUGUCGUUUCCAGUUUGGAACCAUCGAUUAAUGCGAUAGAGGAAAGGCCUGAUGAUGACGAAAUCGUGGAGAAUACAGACGUUUUGACGUGUUCACCAAAUACACGGCUUUACAUAUAUGGUCUACUUGUGUUCUUGUGUAUUGCAGGUUUAUGUGAAUACAUCACCAGUGAAAGUCCGUCGGCUCUUCAGAAGCACGUGGUUAAGGACAUUGACAUCUCCGAGACGCAGUACAUGGGCUUUUACUCCACCGUCCAGUGGGCGGAAAUCAUCUCAAGUCUCGCGGGAGGCUUUAUGGUGGACCGGAUCGGCAACCCCAUCAGUCUGGUUACCUCCGCCGGAUUGAUCACAAUCGCGCAAACGAUAUUUGCCGUAGGGGCUCUUCUCCGAAACUAUGGGACGAUGUUUGGCGCUCGAAUAUUCCUCGGGUGAGUACCGAAGUUGAAG